AUGGCUUCAACUUUCAGCAUGGCGGUCUUCGCUCGCUAUUCCGCGCUUCUCGCUGCAUUUGUCGCAUCAAGCAAUGCCGCACUUUCUUCUACUGGCUUCACCGUCAGCCUGGACGAUGUUCCUUACUACAUUGCACCGAAUGCGAUUGCUACUAUCAACAUAACGAAGGGGUUUCCCAGUGGCUCGAAAUCCGGCUUCUUUACUCCGAUUACGGUCAUUAACACUGAUGAUGUCGGCUUUUCCGGUGCAAUCUUCGAUUCAGUAGUGUCGAACUGGACGGAGACGGACGACGUUUUCCAAAGCGGGUUUCUGCAAGGGGUUUACGUUCAAUAUACCGGGCCCUCAUAUUCUUCUGCGAAGCAAGCACCCAAGCUUAACCUUGGCAAUGUUUCUGUCUUGACUGCCCAUGUUGCUACAGCCAAUGCCGUUCCGGAAGGCCCUUAUUUCAUAUCUUCUUCAGGAGACCUCUAUCAGCCAUGGCGUCUUUAUUCUGACAUCAUGGGGGCAUUUUCGGAGACCACCAUACCAAAUGCUGACGGAAGCUUCAGCGUGCUUCCUGCAAACAUCCAGGGACAAUCUCUUGCCGUUGCUGUUCCCUCUCGUCUCUCUUACACCAAGACUCCAGAGAAGCCUCUCGCCGGUGUCCGCCUUGGCGUAAAAGACAUUUAUGACAUUGCCGGAAUGAGAACAAGCAAUGGUAAUCGCGCCUGGUACCACUUCUAUCCGGAGGCAAACACGACUGCUUUGGCCGUCCAGAGACUGGUUGAUGCCGGUGCCAUCAUUGUGGGCAAGAUGAAGACUUCUCAAUUUGCUAACGGCGAGCGCGCGACCGCCGAUUGGGUUGACUACCUAUCACCUUUCAACCCUCGUGGCGAUGGCUACCAGCAGCCUUCGUCCUCCUCUUCAGGACCCGGUGCUGGCGAGGGCGCAUACGAAUGGCUUGAUAUCACUCUCGGAAGCGACACCGGUGGCUCCGUCCGCGGCCCCUCCCAGGCCCAAGGUCUCUAUGGAAACCGUCCUUCUCAUGGCUUGGUUGAACUUACGAAUGUUAUGCCUCUUGCGCCGGAGCUGGAUACUGCCGGUCUUCUCUGCCGCGAUCCCUCCAUCUGGACGGCUGCAGCCAAGGCUAUGUACUCCACCAACAUAACUAUCUCUUCAUCCUACCCGAAGCAGAUACUGCUUGCCGACUUUCCCACCGAGACUGGCGAAUACGAAAGCGACGCUCUGUUGCUGGACUUCGUGAGCAAGCUCUCCUCCUUCCUCGGUGCCAAUGCCACCGCUUUCAACAUUACUGAGGCCUGGGCAACCGACAACCCGGACACGACUCCUGUCGAGGAGCUGCUCAACAUUACGUACCCACUCCUCAUUGCAAAGGAGCAGACCCAGCUUGUGCGCGAUCCGUGGUACGCCGAGUAUGCUGCGGCCAACGACGGGCGGCUGCCCUUCGUGGACCCGGCACCGCUGGCGCGCUGGGCUUACGGCGACAACUCGUCGGCCACGAUUGCUGAGGCGGUGGCCAACAAGACGCAGUUCAUGACGUGGUUCAACAGCAGCGUGCUGGCUCCCGACGCUGAGACGUGCUCGAGCAGCCUGCUCCUCUACAUCGGCGGCACUGAGGCCGAUGUCUCCUACCGCAACUUGUAUCUCAGUUCGCCGUCCGUCCCGUUCGGCUUCAGCACGUCGCGGAUCUCGGUCUUCUCGGAGGCGCCGGAUAUGGUCGUGCCGAUCGGGCAGGCGAGCUACUUCUCGAGCAUCACGAAUCAUACGGAGGUGCUGCCGGUGACGGUCGAUUUCAUGGCUGCAAAGGGCUGCGAUGGCAUGAUCUUCUCUCUCGUGGAGGAUUUGGUGGCAGAGGGGAUUAUCAGCCUCCUCGCCGAGCUCCAGCUUGUCGUCUUCCUCCGACACACAAGCACCGCUCCCAAACUCUUCACCAACGACACAAUCCAGCAAAGCCUUGACGUUCACAGAAUCAGCCGUGGGUUCGUGCAGCUGGGGCUUUCUCCUUACACCGCUGGGAAGCGUGAUGGCCUGAAGCCUCGAGCCACUGAGCUAGCGGCCAUCAACAAAGACUUGAACUGGACAAAGCAUGAGCUGGCCAAGAGAGAUCUAGAGCAAGAAGAGAUCAUCAAGAGACUACAGAUCGAUCUGCGCUGGGCGAGGUUCCAGCUUGGAAAGAAGGAAGACAAGGAUAAGGAGCUCGAAGCUCUAAAGGCAGAGCUAGAUGCGAGACGCAAGAUUGAAGAGCGAAUGAAGGAAAACGAAGCACUAUCGGCUGGUAGCUUCAAUGGUACUACCAAAAUCGCCGGAUCGCAGGAUCAUGCGGUUGCAACGGACGACAACGAUAUGCUCUCUUUGAAGGAACAGCUAAAGCAUGAAAGGCUCGAGAAAGAACCCUACAAAGCGCUGCAUGAGAACCUCUCUUGCACGAUCAUCCCGGAUGUUCAUUCUAGCAACGAGGAUUUCCAGGCGAAAGUCGGCGCGUUGCAAGAGACCAUUGAUCUCAUUGAAGAGCAUUUCAAGGAGAGGUGCAGCCAGCUUCAGACUCAAUUGGCCCAAGCAGAGCAGCAAGUGCAUGAGAUGAAGCUCAAGCAUGCCAUCGAAGUAAGGGAAGUCGAGGAGAAAUUUAUCGUGAAGAUCGACUCCUUGCGCUACGAACUGUCCGUCAAAGAGGAAAGGUUGGAACAACAAGCCAAUGACCAUCAUGUGCAGCUUUUACAAGCUCAACAGAGGACUGCAGAGUGCCAGGCGGAAACUCACUUGGUUACCUGGGAGAAGAACAAACUCCUGGAGGAGAAGGACAAGCAGAUCGUACAACUGAAACAAGACCAGCAGAAACAGAAUGGUUGCACCCCUGAUCAGGAACGCCUCACAGAUCGAAUCAAGUUUCUUAUCCAGGAAAAAGAGCUCCAGCGUCAAGAGUGGCAGCAAAAGCUACGCAGUGCGCAGACAAACGACAGCGCCACAACGACUUCCGCAUCUUCUCUACAGGCGACUAAUGCCUCCUCCAUCCUCCUACAGAGCAUCCAGAAAUUGGAGGAGAAGUUGGCGGUGAUCGAAUCCAGGGCCAACAAGAAUGAGCAGAACUUGACCAAGAAGGUUCAAAAACUAGAAGACAAGCUCGCUCAGCUCGGACCCCUGGAACGGUUCCUCGAAGAUCGCGACUUUUCAGAUGAGAAGCGGUUGCACUUGACUUGGGACGACAUGACAUACGCUGUACGUGCUGCUGCUGCUGGCCUCUACCCGCAGACUCGACGAACCCUGGGGCACGGCCACUCCACGUACAUCGUUGAGGAUGCAUUGAGGCAUGGAUCCAGGGACCUUGUCAGCUUCGCCCUUGACAGUCCCGGCCGUUUUGUCCUUCGGUUCAAAUUCUUUGAGGCUGUCGAGAGUAUCGUGGACAAUAUCCUGUGGGAAGCGCAGAAAUUCCCAAGUGUGCGCAAGAUGCUGAAGGAGGAUUCCACAAAUGUCAAAAUGGCCUUGGAUUCGUACUUUGGUUCAUGA